AGAGUGUUUUUGAGGAAAAGAAAAUGAAAAACCUGAGUUGUCUUUACCAUUUCCUGCUAUGUUAAACAACAAAGUUGGCUCAAGCACGUCUCCUUCUUUUGUGUGACUUCCCUCUUUCUUGAUUUCUUCUAUUUUUAGCAAUCUCUCUCUCUGCCUGCACAAGAGAACCAACACCUUCAAAUCAACCGAAAGACAAAGAGAGAAGAAGAAGGACGAGGAGGAGUUUUUUAUCGUAAUCAGAUUUUGAAGUUUAUGUGAUAAAGAUACCAUCUUUCAGUUUUUGGGUUUCUGUUUUCAAUGAUAUAAACGUUUUGAAUGCACAAGUGAUUCAAAAUUUAAGGCUCCAAUAGAAUUUGAGGAAUCCCAGGAACGGUUAAGCGACAGCCCAUUUCAUAUCUGGUGUUAUAUACGGUGGGGUUUUGAAACGUGAAUUAGUAUCUGCAUCGAUUAUGUGAACAGUGUGAAUUUGUGAUUCUGGGUUGCAGCUUUUGUUGUCCUUAUUAAUGGAGGGUGGGAUUUAGAGGCUUAAAAGGCUGAAAUGUACGCGAUGAGCUCAGUGUUUUAGAAGAUGGAUACCAAGGAAGAUGCUGAAUCACAAGAGGAUCGGUCAAAAGAAGACCAGCCAUCAUCCCCAUAUGUGGUGUUACAGAAUAUAUCUGAGGAGAUUGUUGGUGAGGCACUGCAGAAUGCCUUUACAGGUAAUCAAACUCCUCAGCCAACUCCACCGGCUCAUAGACGAAGUCAAAGUGAAGUUAUAACCCGGGGACACAUGCGAACCAGUAGUUUUCAGAGGCUGAAAACUCAGAUGCAAAAGGCUUGGCGAUGGGGUGGCAAUUCGCGGGAACAAGAUUAUAGUUUCAAUCCUGAGGUCUUGGCAAAUCAGAAACGUCAGUGGUAUCAGCUUCAUUCCAAAACUCUGGACCAUACAAAAUUUAAGGAGCCCACCUCACUAUUUGAACACUUUGUUAUUGUGGGGCUUCAUCCUAAUGCCAAUCUUGAGGCUGUGGAGGAUGUAUUUGCAAGAAGAAAGAAAUGGGAGUUUGAGGCGGCAAAAUCUGAUAUAAUAGCAUACAGAAGGCUGCAGUAUCGGGGGCCUACAUUUCCUUCAAUGGAACCCCAGAUACUUUUUAAAUAUCCUCCUGGGAAGAGAUUACCUAUGCGCCUGAAGGAUUUAGGUUCCUUCUGCUUUCCUGAAGGUGUUAAGACACGGUUAUUGGAGAGGACUCCAUCACUAAGUGAACUAAAUGAACUUAUUUAUGGACAGAUGCAUAUGGGGAGGGAUGAUCUAGCAUUCAUAUUUUCGCUUAAGGUUGCAGAUAAUGACACACUUUAUGGGGUUUGCUUGCAUGUAACAGAAAUUGUUCAAAGGCCACCUGGUAUUUUAGGCACCAUGUCGCCCCUUUCACAAUUAUCUGGACGGUGCUGCCGCUUUUUGGUUUCUGCGCCUCGCUGCUAUUGUAUGCUGACUAGAGUUCCUUUCUUUGAGUUACACUAUGAGAUGCUGAACAGUAUCAUUGCACAGGAGCGUUUGAAUCGGAUAACACAAUUUGUUAGUGAAGUAUCAUUGAGUUGUGUCCCUACAGCAUCCAAACAACAUGAUCAAAUGAAUAUGAAUGUUGACUACCCUGAUAGGGAAUGUGAUGUUAAUUGGAUGGCUUCUGCAAUACCUGUUGACAGUGCUGUGACCUUUACUGCUGCUGCUGCUGGAAUUGUAUCAGAUGAUGAGACCCGAACAUUGUCACCAAAGAUAUGGGAAUCUCAUUCUCCUGAAAGUGGUUCUACUAGCGAGGCUUCAGAUUUGAGUCUAGUAAGGGAAGUAGAGAAGGAUGAUAGGAAGAAUUCUGAUGAUUGUGCUUCUGAGUCAUCAGAAACUCGCUCUGAUGCUUUGGAAAGAAUGGAUGGGAGCUAUGAAAGUAGCCAAGCCUCUCCUGAGAUUGGAGCAUUUAACUGCUCUAGGAGCCAUGGUUUGGAAUGUCGAGGAAGUUUUGAUUCUUUAUUCAGUCCAGUUAGAAGCAUGGCAUUAGAGGAUGAGGAUGAUGAAAUUUUUGCAAAUUGUGAAAAAGAUUUUGAUGAUGACUUCAUAAUGGAAUGGGCUAGGGAAAACAAAAAUGAUUUGCUGCAGAUAGUUUGUGGUUAUCAUUCUAUGCCUCUUCCCCAACAAGGAAGUGAAAUAGUUUUUCAGCCUCUUGAACACUUACAAGCUAUUGAGUAUAAACGGCCUUCAGUUUCUGACCUUGGUUUUUCUGAAAAUUAUUUAGCUAUGGUUGAAGCUACUGAGGUCAAUGCAAAGUUGGCAGCUGCUGAAGAAGCUUUUGCACUCUCAAUAUGGACAACUGCAACUAUAUGUCGAGUUCUAUCACUUGAAAGUGUUUUGACGCUAAUUGGAGUAUUACUGGAAAAACAAGUGGUGGUAGUAUGCCCAAACCUGGGUGUUCUAUCUGCUAUAGUUUUAUCUCUUGUUCCCAUGAUUCGUCCAUUUCAAUGGCAGAGUUUAUUUCUUCCAAUUCUGCCUGGGAGAAUGCUUGAUUUUCUUGAUGCUCCAGUUCCCUUUAUUGUUGGCAUACAACAAAAACCGGCAGACUUGAAGAUGAAAACAUCUAAUCUUGUCCAUGUUAAUGUGCUCAAGGAUCAGGUAAAAAUGUGCCACCUGCCAGCACUUCCACGGUAUAAAGAGCUUGUUUCCGAACUUGCACCAUUUCAUGCUAAACUAUCAAUUCAAAGUUCGAUUGCUAAAAAGCAUCCUGUAUACAGGUGCAAUGAAACUCAGGCUGAAGCUGCAACCCAAUUUUUGACCAUUAUGAGACGCUACUUGGAUUCUAUUUGUUCAGAUUUGAGGUCCCAUACAAUAACUAAUGUACAAUCAAACAAUGACAGGGUUUGCUUACUUCUUAAAGACAGUUUUAUUGAUUCGUUUCCCAGUAGGGACCGACCGUUUAUAAAGCUAUUUUUAGACACACAACUAUUUGCUGUUCUAUCAGAUCAUCGUUUGUCAAGCUUUGAGCAUGGGAGCCCCUAAGCCCCUAAAUUAAUCCUUUUUACAAGUUCAAUACAUGAGAUCAAAUUCUUAAGCAAUGCAGUGGAAGAAUAAUGGCUUCUGUUGCUGGGUUCUGCGAAUUAUGUCAAUCUAUUCACUUUUGGAGCCAUUAAAUGUGAAACUGAGGUGCAGCUGCUGGAGGUUGCACAAAGCAAAUUUGUAACAUAGCAAGAUAGCAAUAAUUGCAGAUGCCUAACAAGUAAAACCAAGGAUAUGCCUGUUGUAUUGCCCACAAGAAAUGACAAGUGGAAAUGACCUUGAUCCCAAUCUUUUAAGGGGAUUAUGGUCUUGGGCUUAUCAAGCUCUUGUAAAUGUCAAUAGCAUGAUAAAACAUUUUCUGAGGGGAUUCUGAGGGGACUUUUUAUUCCCCUGCUUUAUCUUUUAGAUUCACUCUGUAUGAUUUUCAAAUGGAUAGACAAAUUUUUGCGGCA